AUGUCAUCUUUUAAAACUGUGCUUUUACUCUUGUCGACAAUAGUACUGGGUUCAGUAUUAUUGUCGUCAUCAUUGGUAUCUGCUCAAUGUGCAAGCCCAUACACAUGGGACUCUGGCGAAGCCGCCAACAACCACACCUAUUGUGCAAUUGGUGUCGGAAGUAUAUAUUCUUGGUAUGAAGCCUUAAACUAUCUUGCUGCACUUCCAAAGUAUUUUGGAAAACAACCAUAUUUGGCAACUGUUACAUCUGAAGAAGAAUUGAAAUUUUUAACAUCUAAAUUCCCUAGUUUGGUAAACUGCUAUGUCGGUGUUGACAGAGAUAUAUUUAAUCAACUCCGUUACAGUUCUGGUCCAGAAAGAGGUGAAGUCAUGUAUGACUAUCCAACAGGAGUAAAUCAAAUGUAUAAUAAUUUCCAAGCUCAUAUUCCAGGAGGAGAUCCAAAUCAAAAGGUAGCAUUCUUUUUCACAAGUAAUAACUUUUUCAUGGGUCUUCCACCCUACUCGUCCACUUCCAAUUGUUAUUUGCUCGAGUAUAGUGAAGCUACCGAUCCGUACGUUGCACCAAUGCCCUCUGAAGGUGGUGAUGUGACCAUCAAGUUUUUGGACAACUUUGUCGUCGAAGAUGUCAAUAUCAUUGUCAAUCCAUUUGGAGGUGCCCCAGUAUCUUGUGAAAUCGUUUCUCGUGACCCACAAUACAAGACACUUGUCUUUAAGAUGCCAGCCAUGACUGGCAUUGGAGUAAACUUUAUCUUGGUUGACGAUGGUUUCACCACAUUCAACAUCACCUAUUGGAAAUACAAAGCUCCAGCCAUUCAAUCGGUCUACCCCACUCGUAAAGGCAACGGUGAAUUGAUUACCAUCGUCGGUAACAACUUUGGUGCCGACAAGACUGCCAUCUCGGUCACCACUGGCUACCUCUAUCAUCCAUGUCUCUACAUUGAUAUUGUCGAACCCCAUUACGCCAUCUCUUGUCAAACCAAUCAUCCAGUCACCUCUUCAACCAAUCUUUUCCCUCUAACCAUUAGAGUUGGUCAAUCUUCUAAUAUUACUAGUUAUAGAGCUGCUUUUUAUGAUGAUGAAAAUGUAAAGAUGAUUAGAUUAAAUUAUUAUGCAAUGAGUGCUGUUAUUAUUAAUAAUUCAGUGACUGCACAAAAAGAGGUAUUGUUUGAAGGACAUACACCAUACAUGGGAUUGUAUGAAACAAAGUUACAAUAUGAUUUGAUUCGAUCUACUUGGGCAUGGCAAAGUUUCCCAUCGGCUACUUUUAUGGCUGGUGGUAUUGGUAACCAGACAAGCUUUAUUAUUCGUAAUGGUGGUGGUCCAAGAGACGGAGAACGUGUGACCAACGGAACCACUUGUUUGACUGGUAUCUAUUGUCCGAUGGGUACGUUUGACGGUACGCUUAUUGCCAACUACAACACGAUGCUUGGUAGAUUGUCGUAUCAAGCAUUUAGUUCAGCCGGUGAGUUGGUCUAUUACGGUGACACACCAUACAUUGAACCACAAGAACUGACCAUUGACGCUGCCGGAGGAUUGAUCAUUGUUCCACUCGCUCGCGGUACCGUCGGUUUCAAGUAUACCAAACGUUCCUAUGCUAUCGAUGGUAUGACCACCUCAUACCCCAUCAAGGUGUUGAAUAACCGUACUUUGGGUUUGACCAUUCCAGCAGGCAUCUCUUUGAGUUUUAAUCUCAGUAUUACUAUUGAAAAGUACGUAUUCUCUGGUUUGCGUGUCAAUUACACUACUCCAUCGGUACUAUCGAUCCCACCGGUUAGUACAAUGGGUGGUUUCGUGACAGUCUAUGGUUAUGCUUUUGGUAAUGAUGAAAAGAAGAUUUCAAUCACUAUCGAUGCUGUCCCAUGUCCCAAUGUCGUCCUAUUGGCCAAUGAAACGAUUCUGUCGUGUCUUGCACCACCAGGUGUCGGCGCCAACAAGACCAUGCUCAUCACUAUUGACAAUGUCGUCCAAAACGUCUCCUUUUCCUACAAGUCUCCUGCAGCCACCGAGGUCGUCCAAAAUGGUACCUCUAUCGCCAUCUAUGGUAGUAACUUUGGUAAUGCUCUGACUACACCACAGGUAUUUGUUCCAUACCCCGUCGCAGUCAACUUUACCUACGACACACUCGUCCAAUCACUCAAUGCAACCGUGCCAGUCUAUGCCCAAAACGGAAAGAUCUUUAUUCAGGCGGGUAACCAGAUGGGAUCGAUCAACUAUGUCUACCGUCCACAAUUUGCGACGAUCACUCCCAUCACAUCGACUGAGGGUAACACUGUAACGAUUAGUGGUAUGUUUUUGACUCAGUACCGUACCGACGGUAUGCAAACCAACUUUAGAGUGGUCAUUGGUGGUCGUACUUGUGCUCAACCAGAAUUUUCGUACAAUGUCAAUGGCACCUAUGUUACUUGUACAGCUCCAGCUGGUUCAGGUCUCGCCAACGAUGCCUACAUUACAGUCGACGGCCAAACAUCCAACUACCAAUCGAUCAACUAUCCAGCACCAUCCAUCUCCUCGUUUACACAAAACGGUCAAAUCCUCACUAUUUACGGUGCCAACUUUGGACCAGAUCUAGAUCGUAUCAAGUUGAAUCUAAAUGGCAAUCCAUUGGCUUGUCAAUCCGUCGCCACUAAACCAUCGAGAUUAAUCUGUUCGAUUCCAUCAAUCACCAAGAAUGGAAAUAUAUCGGUGACUGUGCAAGGACAAACAUCCAAUGUUGUCGAAUUGACCUUGUUGCCAUCGAUCAUUCGUGUCACCUCGCAAACCAUCUAUGGUGGUCUGAUCACAUUCACAGGUACCUUUUUCAAUAUUUUAAAUUGGCAAGGAAACCAAACCAACUUGGAUAUUACGAUUGGCGGCGCACCAUGUACAUCGCCACAGGUAACCUACUCGAAUACCUAUAUCACGUGUAAUGUCGCUGCCGGCACCGGUAUCAAGCCACUCAACUUUACACUCGGUCCCAAUACCAUCAUGACCACAUUCCAAUACAUUGCACCCAGACUCCAAGUAUACGAAUGGAAGAACAACCAAAUCACAUUGAAUGGUACCAACAUUGGUACUGAUAUGGACAAGAUUAGUAUCUAUAUCUAUCAAGAUAUACCAGGUAAUGUAGCCACACUCAUCCCAUUCAAUGCUACCGGGGACAUGUACUAUCAGUCGAUCAUCGCCGACACACCAGUCGAUAUGCUCAACGGUGUCAUUUACAUCUCUGUCGAUAACCUCGCUUCCAACCAACUCUAUGUUCGUCUCAUUCCACAAAUUGAUUCUGUCGUAGGCGUGUUCCCAACCGCCGGUGCUACCACCAUCACAAUCUACGGUGACCACUUUAACAACAAGAAUGGUGCUGGUGCAUUUGUCCAAAACUACAUCCUCAUCGGUGAAACGUUCUGUAACAAUGUUGUCUUUUACAACCGUACCUGCAUGACCUGUGUAGCCGGUAUUGGAUCAGGUCUCAAUAAACGUGGGUUCGCCAUGAUUGAUUCGACCGUCUCCAACAACUUUUACGUAAACUAUACAGCUGCCAACGUCACCAAGAUUGUCCAAACCAACAUGCUACUCGAAUUGACCGGUACCAAUUUUGGUAACAAACCAUAUCUCAAUGUUUUAGCCUUUGGUCCACUCGUAAACUCUACCGCAUCCUACACUACACAAGUAUUGUCACGUGUGACAGUCUCUCCAUUUAGCCAAAAUGGUAACAUCUCGUUUAUUGUCGAUGGUCAAUCAUCUAACCUAUUCCCAUGGAAGUUUACUCCCAUCAUCACGUCUGUUUCAUCGGUCGAUUAUGCCGGUGGUAAUAUCACUGUCAUGGGUUACUUUUUCAACGGUACUACCGUCGAUGGUAACUCGACCAGCCCCAAGAUCUACAUCGGUACAAAGGGUCAAUGCGCCAAUCUCACCUACCUCGCCAACGACGUCGUCAACAAUGCCGCUGUCAUUGUGUGUUCAGCUCCUCCAGGUUCGGCCGCCGAUAUCGAUAUUCCAUUCAACGUCGAGAUUGACGGUGUCAACGGUACCACCAAGUUCACCUAUGGUGCUCCACAACUCAACAGCUACACCAUCACACAAAACAACCAAAUCACACUCAAGGGAUACCAGUUUGGUGUCGACCCAGCCAAGGUUCAAGUCUACUUUGGCACUGUGUUGAUGGCCAUCCAGUCCAUCACCGAUUCCGAGAUUACCUUUACUGCAACGGCCGCUCUCUACAAUGAGAAUGUGUAUGUUAGAUCGGUGACCAACGCCAAGACGACCAACCCACUCUUUGUGACGUUGUACCCCGUUAUUCGAACUUCCACCGCCGCACCAACCACUGGAGGUAGAUCAACGAUCACUGGUAGUUGGUUGAACCAACGUUCUGGAAACUACUCGACCUCUAUUCGUGUUUGGGUCAAUGGUUCGAGUGGAAGUGUAAACUCGAUCGUCCAAACCAACAACCUUCAAUUCCUCAUCAAUGCACCUGCAGGUACCGGUCUCAACAAGAAUCUUACCGUCUCUUUUGAUGGUAUGUCUUCAAGUUUGUUGACAUUCUCGUAUCUCCCACCAACCAUCUUCAACACCAUCCAGUCUGGUACGACACUUACAUUCAAUGGUACAAACUAUGGUCGUGAUCUUGCCAAUGUCUACACUACCCCAUUCACUGCAUUGUCUGGUGUAUCUGACCUCCUCCUCUCGGUGACUCUUGCCAAAGACACCAAGAGUGGUAUGUACAACGUCCAAGUCGACGGUCAAACAUCGGCCAACUACAUGGUCUACUUGACUCCAAUCAUCUCACAGGUUAUCCCAGCUCCAACAACCGGUCCAUCUGAUAUUACCAUCAAGGGUACCUUCCUCAACCAGUUCCGUGUCGACGGUAGUCUUACCAACGCCUCUGUCUGGUUGAACAAUGUGUCUUGUCCCAUCACCUCGUUUGUUUCAAACACUUUGAUUACCGCUACUGUCCCACUCGGUCUCUACCGUAAGGGUAACCUCACAGUUGCUAUCGACGGCAAGGUCGCCAUCACCAAAUACGACUCUCUCGGCCCUGAAGUCUACACUGUCACCAACCCACCCAUCUACCAAGUCGCACAAGUCGUGACAAUUACCGGCAAGAACUUCUUUGACCCGCUCGUCGUCUAUAUUGGAGACAGCGAGUGUACCGUCGCCAUAGCCAUCACUGAAAACUCACUCUACUGCUCGUUUGACAGUACCGUCCAACCUACCCUCGCACUCAUCCCAGUCUCUGUCAUCUCGACCGGUCUCAUUGGCACUGCCAAUAUCUUUAGCUACGCCGAUCUCACUUGUCAAAACAACUGUAAUGGUCACGGUACCUGUCUCAAUGGUAUCUGUAGCUGUGACGUUGGAUUUGGUGGUGCACUCUGUCACACUGCCGUCAACCUUACCGUCCCAGUCCCCAGCACCUCAGAGUUUGGUGGGUCUGUCACAACCGAUCAAACCACCUACAAUGUCGGCGUCCAAUUCAUCCGUGAGAUUGAUGCCUUUGGUGUCACUGUCAAGGUGUAUGAAGCAUCCAAGAUGUACUGGAUCCUCGCUGGCAAGGCUGAAUACGACACUUAUACAGUCAACACUUACACUGCAUCGUUUGCAAGUAGUGGAGAGCAAGCCAAGAUCACCAUCAAAACCUACGAGUUUGAGUAUGGUGCACUCUUUGAGUUUGGCGGUGAAAAGUUGCCCGAAUCAUCUCACUCGUUCAAACAUCAAGUUGCCAUUGACCACUAUGGCUUUGUAACCACCGGAAACUCGCUUCAAGUCAUCUAUAGCGCAUCGACCCCCACAACCUAUGCCGAUGGAUGUGCAUCUGCCCAAACUGCCUACACUCUCUUUUACAGUAGUCAAACUGGAUCUGUGUUGGCCUAUGACUUUGAAACCAAGUACUCUGUAUUUACCGCUCGUUUCAGUACUAGAAUCUUGGUUGAUUACUCGGUUCAAACCAUCGAGAUUAAUCCACUUGCCAAAUCCGAUCCACUAUGGUCCACUCAAAACGGUCUCCUUGAAUCAAAGAUUGUCAUCAAUGUUCCAUCAUUCUCUUACAAUGUAGAGUUUGAUCCAAACUUUAGUGCCUAUGUCAAGGGUAUUAAUCCAACUUGUGUUAAUCCAACUACUACUAGUGUAACAACUGUCACUCCAACUACUGUCACCCCAACAACUGUUACUCCAACAACUAGUACCCCAACAACAGUCGAUCCAACCACAUCUCAGACAACUCAAACUGCUACACCAACCACCUCGACUCCAACAACCUCUACUCCAACCUCUGCCACUACUGCAUCAUCUGAUCCAACUACUAGUAAUCCAACUACUGCUACACCCACUACUAGCAACCCAACCACUAGUAACCCAACUACCGGUCAAACUAGUAUUGCGACAACUGUAGCACCUUCAAGCUCUACCAAUCCAUCGUCGACUGGUCCCAUUGUCACUUGUCCAGGUACUCCAGUUUGUUCUGGACGUGGUACUUGUGUCGGUCAACUCGGUGUCUACCAUUGUGUCUGUCAAGGUAACUGGCAAGGAUCAGACUGCUCAGCCGAGCCAGGCAAGAUUCCUCCACCAACCGACCCAAGCACUGACAAUCCAAACACCAACCAAACCGACACAGAGUCUGGUGUCAAACUCGAUAUCAAUGUCAUCUCGAUUCGUGAAGUCGACUUUAUGGAUCAAAUCAUUGGAGAAUACAAGUUUGGUAAGAAUUGGACAUUCAACGAGACCAAGACCGACCAACAACUCAUCUACCUCUAUCAAACCGAUGUUGUUCGUGAAGGCAAGAUCACCACUCAUAUCAAUGUAACCGUUCAAUACUUUUACUAUGAGACCAACAUUACCUUUGCCGGUCAAACCAGUACAAUGUCACCUGGUUCGAUAAAGUACUCUGUUUCACUGUCCAAAUUUGAUUUUGAAAGUGGAAACAAUGGUCUUCAAGUAUUGUUCUCUUCUGUUGCCUCUGCAUCCACAUCUUCAGACGACGCAUGUUCACUCAAACAAUUCGAGUAUGGUGAUAACUCUAAAGAUCUAACUGCCAUCUCACUCCAAAUCAACGGUAGAACACUCUAUGGUAAAUUCACAAAGUUUGCCUUGGCCGAUGGAAAGAUUGUACGUUCCACCAAUGAAGUCAUCUCAAAGGAUCAACCAACCGACUCUAACUCUAUCGUUCAAGCUGUUGUCGCUAUUGGCGUCGGUAACUAUGGUACCUCUGCAGUCAUUGACCCAGACUUCCAUCUCUUGAUCAGCUCUGACGCCUCUGAAAAGGAGGGAUCAAAUUGCUCUGGCUCAUCCUCUAAACUCUCAAAUGGUGCCCUUGCAGGUAUCGUUGUUGGUUCAGUUGCUGGUGCUGCUGUUCUCGUAGCUGCUGGAAUCUCUGCCAAGAAAUGGAGACAACUUAAAAAGGAUCAAAGUAUUACCGAUUCAAAAUUAAAGAGAAUGAAUGCUUAUUAA